UCCGGGUUUGAACCCGAGGGGUCAGGUGUCGCGUGAGCUGGCCGCGCGCCUCGGUGUGGGGGCUGUAACUAUGGCGAGCCCGGGCGAGGAUUCUGAAMGGGAGCCGCUCUUAGGGGACUACCCAUCCGGAAGCAGAGAAUGGGACAUUAUAGAAACUGAAGAGCAUUAUAAGAGCCGAUGGAGAUCUAUUAGGAUUCUGUAUCUUACUAUGUUUCUCAGCAGUGUAGGGUUUUCUAUUGUGAUAAUGUCAAUAUGGCCCUAUCUCCAAAAGAUUGAUCAGACAGCUGAUGCAAGUUUUUUGGGCUGGGUUAUUGCUUCGUUUAGUAUUGGUCAAAUGGUAGCUUCACCUAUAUUUGGUUUAUGGUCUAACCAUAGACCACGGAAAGAACCUCUUGUCAUCUCCAUCUUUAUUUCAGUGGCAGCCAACUGCCUCUAUGCAUAUGUCCACGUUCCAGCUUCUCAUAAUAAAUACUACAUGUUGGCCGCUCGUGGAUUGGUGGGAUUUGGAGCAGGAAAUGUUGCAGUGGUUAGAUCAUAUAUUGCUGGUGCUACUUCCCUUCAGGAAAGGACAAGUUCUAUGGCCAAUACAAGCACGUGUCAAGCAUUAGGAUUUAUUCUAGGUCCAGUUUUUCAGACUUGUUUUGCUCUAAUUGGAGAAAAGGGCGUGACAUGGGAUAUGAUUAAGCUACAGAUAGACAUGUAUACAGCACCAGCUUUACUUAAUGCCUUCGUUGGAGUUUUAAACAUUAUUCUGAUCAUCACUAUGUUAAGAGAACAUCGAGUGGAUGACUCAGGACGACAGUGUAAAAAUAUUAAUUUUGAAGAAGCAAGAAUAGAUGAAGUUCAGGAUUCCCAAGGAAAUAUUGAUCAAGUUGCUGUUGUGGCUACCAAUGUUCUGUUUUUUGUGAUUUUAUUUAUAUUUGCCCUUUUUGAAACAAUCCUUGCUCCAUUGACAAUGGACAUGUAUGCUUGGACUCAAGAACAAGCUGUAUUGUAUAAUGGAAUAAUACUUGCUGCUCUUGGAGUUGAGGCAGUUGUUAUUUUCAUGGGGGUUAAAUUACUUUCCAAAAAGAUUGGUGAGCGAGCUAUUCUACUGGGAGGACUCAUCGUUGUGUGGGUUGGCUUCUUUAUCUUGUUACCUUGGGGAAGUCAGUUCCCCAAAAUACAGUGGGAAGAUUUACAUAAUAAUUCAAUCCCUGAUACCACAUUUGGGGAAAUUAUGAUUGGUUUUUGGAAGUCUGCAAGAGAAUAUCAUAAUGAACGGCCAGUUGGUUGCCCAGUUGAGCAAGCCUGGUGCCUCUACACCCCAGUGAUCCACCUGGCCCAGUUCUUCACAUCAGCUGUGCUGGUUGGAAUAGGCUAUCCAGCCUGUAAUGUUAUGUCUUAUACAUUAUAUUCAAAAAUUCUAGGACCAAAGCCUCAGGGAGUAUAUAUGGGCUGGCUGACAGCUUCUGGAAGUGGAGCCCGGAUUCUUGGGCCUGUGUUCAUCAGUCACGUGUAUACUUACUUGGGGCCACGAUGGGCGUUCAGCCUUGUGUGUGUAAUCGUCCUGCUCACCAUCACACUCCUCGGAGCRGUUUACAAGAGACUCAUUGCCUUUUCUGUAAGAUGUGGGAGGAUUCAGGAGUAAGGUAGCUAAGACUAUGGUGGAACAUACUUGAUUUGUGUGGCAUUUCCUAGUCGAAAGCUAUGCCCCACAAUUGCUACGAUCCAGUCACCAUAUACAGGCUGUGGAUACAUUGCACAUUUUGAAAAACAAGAACAUAUGUAAAUAACAGAGGGGAUACUACAUGUGAUUGUGAAUAGUAGGACACAUAAAACAUUCUGGGUCAUAAUUUCCUAUGUUUUUCUUAUUAUGCCCUUUUGGGAUUUCAUGAACUAAACAGUGAGUGGCAGUGGUCUUAUAGGUAUGAAAACUACACUCUUAGUGCAGACUACAAAAGUCUCAUUAAAAUAAUGAGAGAAUAUGCAGUGGAACCAGGACAAGUUAGCUGUAUUAUAGAAUGAAAUUAUAGAAUUUUUUUUGCCUAAAGAGGUAUUUUAAUUCAAAGAUAACUACUUUUUAUUUAUAAAAACACAUUUUCUGUUCAUACAUUUCCUUGCGAAGUAAAAAUCAUGACCCUUAAAUUCUCCAUUUAGCAUGCCUGCCAUCCUUCCUGUCUUGUGUAAAUCUUUAUUGUAAUACUGCAUCUCUGUCUUAUUUUAGUUCAAUAUUUCACUAAACCCUAAAUUGAUAUGUGAGCAAGAAAAAUGCUAAUAUUUGAAAAAUGAAGAGGUCAAAAUGGAUAUCUUGGCCUUUAGUGGAGUUACACUAUUUAAUUCUUGGAAGUGCUAAUAAUUCACUUUGUAUCCAUGUAUUCAAUAGUACGUGAUUUCUUAAAAUUAUUGCUAUAUCCCAACUCCUUUAAGCUUUAGAGAAAAAUUCACUGUGAUUAAAUAUUGCCCAUCUAAAUUACAAGAGGGAACACAACAGUCCCUUGUCUACAGAGCUGUUAAAGAGCUAUAGAAUUUUAGUUGGAUUUUAAAUUUGGAUGGGAACUAACAGCCCUGUCAAUUCAGGUUAAUAAGCAUCUGAGCAGAAUGGCUUUCAUCGAACAGUUUAUUGGUACAUAGGAUGCUGGUAAGUUACUAGUACAGAACUGUGCACGUGGUAAUAA